UAAUAUAAUUAAGAUAACUAUGCAUAUAAAUCAAUCUUGGUUUUUAAUCAGUUAUGAAAUAAUUAAUUAAUUAGUCAAUAAAAUGAUAAUGUCUGAUCAAUUUUUUACGUGAAGCGAACAAUUAAACUAUAUUUCAAAACAAAUUAACAAAUUAUUGGUUUGUCUAGCUAUGUAGCUCUAGGUUCACCCAUAUAUGUAGAGGGAUUUAUUGAUUUUUAUUAUAUAUAAGAAACUACUAUAUAUAUAUAUAUAAGAUGACAGAAUAAAUAUUAGUGAACAGGAUAUCUUUCUCAUAUUAAUAAUUCCUGAUCCUAUAUAUAUGUAUAAUAAAAACAAAAAGAAAAGGCUCUAGAUUUGUGUGUAAUAUAACCAGUGAUUAGAGACUCUGGUCUCUAAAUUAAGGCUAAAUAUUCACAUAUGAUGAUGAAUUUUCAAAGAAGAUCAAAUGGGGCAAAUAGUCAUCAUCAUGUGAUUAUAAACAUUCUUAUUAUUAUCGUAUUUAUGAGCAAUACUACUCAUCAGUCACGUGAUAAGCUCGUGACCGAUACAACAAUAGAUCAAUCAGCAAACAACGACUACUCCAAUCUUGCUCUUCAGCCCGUGACGUUGAAUAUCCUUGAUAAAUAUAUUGUGUUGGACAACGGCAUAGUGCAAAUAACGCUGUCAAAACCGGAAGGAUCAAUCACCGGAAUAAAAUAUAACGGCGUCGAUAACUUGCUUGAUGUAGUCAACGAUGAAAUCAACAGAGGGUACUGGGACCUUGUUUGGAUUGGGAAUGGAAGUACAGGGAAAAAGGGCUCUCUUGAUAGGCUCCAAGCAACAGAUUAUAAGAUAAUACUCCAAAAUGAGGAGCAAAUAGAGAUUUCAUUCACCAGAACAUGGAAUUUCUCACAAGAGGGCAAGGCCGUCCCAUUAAACUUUGACAAAAGAUACAUAAUACUUCGGGGUUCGUCUGGCUUCUAUACAUAUGGGACAUACGAACACUUGAAUGGAUGGCCUGAUUUCCAACUCACCAACACUCGAGUAGCUCUUAAGCUAAACAGAGACAAGUUCAAGUAUAUGGCUAUAGAUGAUGAUAGGCAAAGAUAUAUGCCGAUUCAAUUAGAUAGGUCACCAGAAAGAGGCCAAGCCUUGGCUUACCCUGAGGCCGUCAAACUUGUCAACCCUGUCGAGCCACAAUUCAAAGGAGAAGUGGACGACAAGUAUCAAUAUUCUAUGGAAAACAAAGACAAUCGGGUACAUGGGUGGAUAUCCACAGACCCACCUAUGGGUUUUUGGCAAAUUACUCCCACUGAUGAGUUCCGCUCCGCUGGGCCCCUCAAACAGUGUCUCGCUUCUCAUGUCGGCCCCACCACACUCGCCAUUUUUCACAGUACCCAUUACUCAGGAGCGGAUUUGAUAAUGGAAUUUAAUAAAAAUGAGUCAUGGAAGAAGAUGUACGGUCCCGUUUUCAUUCAUCUUAAUACCUUAUCAAAACAAGGUGACCCACUUCAUCAACUCUGGCAGGACGCUAAAAAACAGAUGGAAGUUGAAGUUCAAAGCUGGCCAUAUAAUUUCCCACAAUCAAAGGAAUAUCCAAAAUCACACCAACGUGGCAGCUUAAGUGGCAAAUUACUACUCUUCGACAAGUAUGUGAGUAAUUUUCCUAUAAGUGCAAGUGGUGCGUUUGUGGGGUUGGCUGCCCCAGGAGAUGCCGGAUCUUGGCAAAGAGAAGCUAAGGGAUAUCAAUUUUGGACCGAAACAGACAAGGAUGGGAAUUUUCGUAUCAAUAAUAUAAGAGUGGGAAACUACAGUAUUUAUGGAUGGGUGCCUGGUUUUAUUGGUGAUUACCGUGAUGGUAAUGUUGUUACUAUUACUCCAGGUGCACAUAAAGAGAUGGGAGUACUUGUGUAUAAACCCCCAAGAAAUGGGCCAACAUUGUGGGAAAUUGGCACUCCUGACCGCUCUGCUGCAGAGUUCUUUGUUCCUGAUCCUAAUCCUGAUUAUGUCAACAAACUCUAUCUCAAUAACACUCAAAAGUAUAGGCAGUACGGACUUUGGGAUAGAUACACCGAUUUAUAUCCAAAUAACGACUUGAUUUACACUGUUGGUCUCAACGAUUACCGUGAAGAUUGGUUUUUUGCUCAAGUCGCCAGGAGGAGUAAUAAUAGCACAUAUACAGAUACUACAUGGCAAAUAAGAUUUGGUCUUCAGAAUAGGACUGAGACCCAAACCUAUGCAUUGCGCAUAGCCCUCGCCACCGCACAUAUUUCCGAAUUACAAGUAAGAAUUAAUAAAGCAGAUGAGAAGAUUCCAUUAUUUACGAGUGGAGUAAUAGGAAAAGACAACAGUAUAGCAAGGCAUGGAAUUCAUGGGCUUUAUUGGCUGUUCAAUAUAGAGAUACCAGGGUCAUUGUUUGUGGAAGGGAAUAACACCAUUUUUCUUACCAGAACAAAUACGACCACCCCUUUUCAGGGAAUCAUGUAUGAUUAUAUUCGUCUAGAAGGCCCUGCUACUGCUUCAUUCACCACCCACUUAUAAAUUAAACUAUUUUUUACUCUUUAUAUAUAUUAAAUUCUUUGCCUUAAUAGCUGCUUUAUAAUAAGUAUGUAAUGAUCCAUAUUAGUUUCUCAUUAGCUUAGCUGUUGAAAGUAUAUAUAUGCUUUACUGCUGACAGCUUAGUUAAAAGUGCUGUGAGAAUUAUUUUAUUCCUGGCA